AUGGUGGAUCCGGCUUCCGCCCGGUCAUGGGGAUAUGCCAUCCCACUUGGGAAAAUUAUGCUCCACUACAACAUCAACACCGGUCCAGGUGUGAUUCUUCCUUCAAGCAAAAUUAUAAGGUCCCGCCAAUUCAAGGAAAGGAAGAACAACAGGACGGCCUCCGACUCUACGGGUGCCCGAAGGAAGAAGGUAGACGCUAAGAAGGCAUCUCCGGUAAAAGAGAAAUCCGGAAGCAAGCAAAACAAACAAUCGGUCGAAUCUGCUGAUCCGCGGUUCGAAACGCCCAAUGAGGAAGACUCGGCCUCCACUACUAACCGAACCGCUUCACAGAAUACCGAAGAAGAUCUAUCCGGUAAAGGGAAAGGACCGAUGGUCGAGGUACAAUCGGCCAGUCUUGAAAAUGCCGAUACCGGUAUAGACGGCCUUGGGGAAGAAGAUGUUCACACUAACGACGAUACCCAGGAGAUGGCCGAGAAUAUCGUGAGCAGAAUCAUGGACAAAUCCACCAGCAAGCUCGCGAGGCGUCCGAAGUAUUUUGUCAAUGGUUCCGGCACCGACAUCAAUUAUUCUACAAACAAAUGCUACUGGGAAAGAGAGCUGACCGAUGAAGUGGCGCGGCUUGAAGCAGAGCCCGAACAUCAAGAUACACCGAACCCACCAUCACCUAGGGAUGAUGGUGGUCAGAACCCGAUCGAUAAAGAGAUAGCCUCUCCUCCAGCGGAUCAGACGAUCAACAUAACCGACGACAGGACAGAGCCUCCUCUCACCGACCUACGCGCAUCUGCUCAAACCGGGAAUUUAGAAUCGGCCGUAACAGAAGAGAGGGUCAAGACUCUCAUUGAAGAGUUUGUCAACGACGCGGUUAAGCCCUGGAAGAGGAAAAUUAAGAAAGCCGCGGUUCAAGCAAUCAAGAUAACCGAGACAACAAAGGAUGAUCUUGGCGAGGCGGUCAAGCGGAUCACGUCGGUCGAAACCAACUACAGUAAUACGGAUCAGUUAUACGGAAGUCAUCUAGAUCGAACCAAAGACUUGGAGGAUAUGACUCCGAAGUUGGUGGAUGACCUCGAUUCGGUUAGCAAAACGGUCGCUGAGAUGGAACGGUCUCAGGAAACGACCGGUCAAAGAUUGACAAAGGUCGAGGAGGACCUAGCGCAAUCAGUUGCCCAUGCCGGCUCGACACUUGACAGGGUAAUAAUUCUUGAAAACAAGAAUGCGACCCUUGAGGAAAAGAACACAAAGCUUGAGGCCGAUCUCAAGGCGGUCACCGAACAGGUGGGAGAAUUAAUAGAGGCAAGCUGGCUGCCGAUAAAGCGAUUGAGGAGGCGAACGCUCAGGCGGCUAAUGAACUUCAGGAUGCGCUGGAUGAGCAGAACCGGACACAAAGAGGAAGCAUGGUCUGAUGCGAACAUAACCGAACAUAUGCGAAAGUUAGCUGCCAAAAAUUCGGAAAUCGCAAAGACCAUGGCGGCCAAACAAGCCGAAGAUGCUAACCGGCUAAAGGCUCAACAAGAAACCUACAAAAAUUUCGAAAAAUCUCACAAGAAGUCCCAGGCGGCUCCUUCCUCUUCCGAUCCGGCCACACGUAAAAGGAAAGCGACUUCGAAAAAGGCGCAAAUGACCGGACUAUUAGCCAGUGUCACCGAAACAGUUGUUGACCCUCCAACCAACCCGGCUCUGCAAACCGAGGAUGAUUUCGAAGAAGAUGUCCAGCCACCACUCAGAAGGCAGCGGGUUUUAAAUGCGGUCCCAAUCAGAGCCAUGGGUCAACAAUUUUCUCCCCCAACCGGUACUUCGGGCGUUCAAGGCCCCUCUUCAAGACCGGUUCAAGAGAACAAGGAACACUCAGACGAUGAAUUGCUGGAUCAAUUCCUACCAUCUAGAGCAACGAAAUAG